UUCUGCUGCUGCAGGGGUGAUUUGGCUUACAGGCUCCUGCAUUGCACAAUCUCUCCUCUCUGAUGAAUAAGGCAAGAAGACGGAGCACUUGAAGGCGUCGAGGAGCAGCAGAGGGACGCAUAAGAGCCGUAGUGGAGUUAAGGAGGGGGUGUGUAGGAUAAUAGAUUAAAAGGAGAAGUUGAAUGGCAGAGGAGGUAUGAGGAGAGAAAGGAAGGCAGGGGGUCGACACAGCGGAGAGAAGACAGAGUGAGUCUCACUGCAGUAGAAUGAGGGUGAGGGAGAAAGAGAGAGCCAAGAAGCAUUCGAGCCGUCAGCCUUUCGCACGCCGCCCAGGACCCGCCGCUUUCUGAAGGAGGCAAGAAGAGGAAUCCACCGUGGAGGCGAGAAGGAGACGGAGGAGGGGGGCUGAGGAGGAGGAAGCCAGAGGUUCUACACACAAGAUGGCUGCUGUGUCCUCUGCCUCUGACACUGGCGACCCCCGAGGCCGACACCCUCCCGAGCGCAGACUCCUGCUCCUGGGGGGGCCUCAGUCCGGGAAGACCUCCACCGCCAACACCAUCCUGGGGGACGAAGUCUUCGAAGCGGGGACGGAGACCACUCACAGCAACGUGGGCCAGACGGAGAUCUACGGCAGGCGGGUCACCGUGGUGGACACCCCGCCUUGGGCCAUCCCCAGAGACCCAGACGACAACGCCGAGGCCGACAACAACAACGACCAAGCUGGAGCAGAGUCAGACACCCCACCGCAGCCCCCGCCCAGCCUGGACAGCGAGGGACCCUGCAUGGGGGCCAUCCUCUGCCCUCCUGGACCUCACGCCAUCCUGCUGGUGGUGUCGGUCACGCAGCCGUUCUCUGAGACGGAGAGACGGGCCGCCGAGGAGCAGCUGGGAGCCCUGGGUGGAGGGACCUGGAGGUACUCCAUGGUGGUUUUUACUGGGGUGGACAAGCUGCCCAAAGGGGUCUUCAUCGAGGAGCACAUCGCCAACACCGGAGAGUCUCUGCAGUGGUUGGUGGAGAGAUGUGGGAGCAGAUACCACGCCUUCGACAACACUCGCAAAGAGACGGAGGACAACACGCAGGUCCCUGAGCUGAUGGAGAAGGUGGAGGAGCUGAUCACCGACAACCAAGGAUGGUACUUUGAGGUGAACGAGUUGAUCCUGCUGGAGGAGGAGCAGGCCAGGAGAGCUCUGGAGGAGGAGAGGAUGAGGAUGGAGGAGCACACCAGACAGAGGGAGCAGAUGAUCGGAGGACCUCCCAGAGAGCUGAGGUUACUCUUGUUGGGGUGGAAAGGUGUUGGGAAGAGCUCUGUGGGGAACACCAUCCUGGGCCGCCGGUACUUUGAGUCGGGUCAGGAGACCGAGCUGUGCCUUCGGAGGCAGGCGCUGGUCUCCGGUCGUCGGGUCACCAUCGUGGACACCCCGGGCUGGGAUUGGUUCUCGGUGAGGCGAACCCCGAAGCGUAUCCGCCAGGAGUCCCAGCGAGGAGCCGCCCUCCUGCGACCCGGACCCCACACCCUGCUGCUGGUCCUCCCCGUGGUCUCGUCCCUCACUGCCAGGAAGAGGAGGACUCUCCUGUCUCACAUAGAGACUCUGUUUGGGGACAGCGCUUGCCUCCACACCAUGGUGCUCUUCAGCUGUGGUGAUUGGUUGGGACGCACGCCCAUCGAGGAGCACAUUCUCAGAGGCGGGCGAGAGCUGCAGAGACUACUGGAGUACUGUGGGAACUAUUACCACGUCAUGGACAGUAAAACCCCCGGCAAGGACCGGAGCGUGUCUGUGCUCCUGGAUAAGAUCGAGGAGAUGAUCCGAGAGAACGGAGACAAGGCGUUCCUCCCCAUCCAGAUCGAGUGGCUGAGCGAGGAGAGCUCGUACUCCUCUGACAACACGGAGCCCGAGGACGACUGUCGAGGAUGCCAGCUACAGUGACACAACUGCGCUGAGAGGAAAAGCGGUCCAGCUUUUCACCCUCGCUGUGAGUCCUCAAACGGCCCAAACGUCACCUCAUGUAACUUAAACCUCAUCAAGAUUUCCUGCUCUGGAGACUCAGACAGAACUCACUGAUCGCCAAGCAAAGCUUGAGCUGGACUGAAAGCACGGCAGAGACUAAAUGAUCCAAACUCUCCCAGUCUGAUUCAGCUUCAGGGGACCAGACCUGAUCCCUGUUCAUGAGCAUGUUCACGGACAUCAGCUGCUGCUAAAUAGACCCUGUCCCUACACCGCAAAAGAAGACCUGCUCCUCAUUAUAACCCUCCAUGUGGGCUGCACUGGUACGAGCUGGAGCGUUGACCCUGAGGGAUGAGAGGGUGAGGAGCGGUGGGGACUCAUGUCUGCAGUAAGUUUGUUAAAACAGUGAGAGAGACAUUUUAUGAUAUAGUUGUAAUAUUCUGCAUCAAGUGCCAUUCUGUCACUCAGUUAUUAUUAGUUUGAAUCAAAGCAAAGGUUUGAUCAGUAGAAAACAAACGUAUUUAAAUACAAGAAGAGAAAAUAGUGUGUGUUAGAGAGUUUGCACAUGGCUGUCAAACAGUAAGUUAAGUUUUGAACAUCUGAUAGUUUUAUGAGUGAUGCUGAAAUGUUUGAUGAACAUUCAGUUUGUUUCUGCUCAGGGGAAAAAUCUGGAACAUUUACAGACAUGCAGAUUAAUGCUGAAUGCAAACUGCAGAUGUAAGCCACAUAUGAAUUCAUAUUACUUACUCAGUUUGGUUUCUGGGAGGAAAAGGGAACGGGCGUUUGCACUUCAGUUUAUUCUAAGGAGAUAAAUGCAAUCCCUCCAAAGCAGCAGAUACUCAGCAUUUCUUCCUCGCCCUCCUCUGCUGUAGCAUUCAUGCACAUGAGUAGCUCUAAGAAACAGUCAGGCUGAACCGAAACUGUGUGCAGUGUCAGAUCUCUGCGGAGCGGCUCGGGCUGGCUGUUAGUGUUCAUGCAUUUAUCGACAAGGUAGAUUCAGCAACGUGCCUCAGCAUUAAAGCGUGUGAGUGGGAGUACGGCCCUGCAGCAGGGCGGUAUCCUGUAGGCUACAUCAGGCUUUAGCAUGCUACUGAAACAACAUAACCUCAUGAACCACUGGAGCUCACAUAGGGCUUUUCCUACCUUUUUCUACAUCAUGAGACUCCUCUUUCUCACACCGAUAGUGAUGUUUUGAAAAUAUGAAUAUAUACUCAGCUCUCAGAGGCAUGUUAAGACACCGCAUGCAAAUAAAUGAGUGCCUAUAGAGUUGAAGGCAACCUCACUUCUUAUCCUCUAACUCUUGCUUGAGCAGGUCUUUUUGGGGAUUUCUGGAACACCAUCACAUCCUUCUACCUUUACGGGCUGUAUUCACACGGCGACCAUUUUGUGGUGAUGUCACGCUCAGGGAGGAGAAAGGCAGUGUGACGGGUCGUUAGGGUGAUAAACAGAGAGAAUCAAUUAUCAGUAUUAUUUCACUGCUUCUCAAUGUGAACAGUGAAAAUCAACAAGAACAUGAAGCUCUACUUUAAGAUGAAACUGUUAGUGACAUCAGACUACAUGAGGUCAGCAUUAGUCACUUACUAAAUUAACUUCAGAGAGAGAGCAGAUGAACUAAUAUUCAUUUAUAAUGAUCCACUACAUUACAGCACUUAUUAGCUAACACAAGUUUAAAGGGAGUUAAAGCUGCUGUUGGAAGGUAGGGUGUAAAAAACUGUACUUUGUUUUCUGCUGAGUUUGGAGUAAAGGUCAUAAUACUCAUCAGUACUCAUCUGUAAGUGAAGUCAUUUGAGAUUAUGGUGAAAUCUCGGUGUUCUCCAACGCCUUCGUUUAAAGAAAUGUUAUUAUUCCCCUCGGACCAAUCAGAGCUACUCCCCAACCCUCUGUUCUGAUUGGUCGAGUGGGGGCCCCACUAU